AUGGCUACUAAUCUUACAUGGCACCACAACCUAAAUUAUCAAGAACGUAAAGAACUAAGGAAACAAGACGGAUGCACUAUUUGGUUAACUGGAUUAAGUGCAUCUGGUAAGAGUACCAUAGCAUGUGCACUUGAACAACUACUUCUACAAAAACAAUUAGCAGCAUACAGAUUAGACGGAGAUAACAUCAGAUUCGGUCUUAACAAGGACCUUGGAUUUUCUGAGAAGGAUAGAAAUGAAAACAUUAGAAGAAUUAGUGAAGUUUCCAAGCUUUUCGCAGAUUCUUGUACCAUUAGCGUAACAUCAUUUAUUUCACCAUACAAAGCCGACAGAGAAAGGGCUCGUGAAUUGCACAAAGAAAGUGGAUUAAAAUUCAUUGAAGUCUUUGUAGACGUUCCACUAGAAGUUGCAGAACAAAGAGAUCCUAAAGGUUUGUACAAAAAGGCCAGAGAAGGUAUAAUUAAAGAAUUCACAGGUAUAUCCGCGCCAUAUGAAGCACCUGAAAAUCCCGAACUGCAUCUGAGAACUGAUCAAAAAAGUGUCGAAGAAUGCGCCCAAAUUAUUUUUGAUUACCUGGUUACUCAAAAUAUCGUCUUGAGCUCUUGA